GCCAUUUUUAUAAAUAGUACUUUUUAUGUGUAAAUAUCAAUUUAUAAAUAAACAAGAAAAAGGUCCAGGAUUGUCAUUGGACCUGUAAUUACUUGUAUUUUUUCAAUUUCAUAUGAAUAUGGUACGACAUAUUUUAAAAUACCGAUACACACACACGCACAUCAACAAAGAAAUUUUCUUCUUUUUUCUUUCUUUAUUUCCCUUCAUGACAAAGUACUGUUUUAUCAUAAGACAUGGAGAAAGAUUAGAUCAUGUGCACAAACUGUGCAAACCAGAUCUUUUUGUUGACCUAUGGGACCCUCCUAUAACUCCCAAAGGAUUAUACCAAGCGGAACAAACAGGAGAAAGGUUAGUUGAAUUAAUAGAGCAGAACAAGAUAGAUCCGAAAGCAAUGUCCGUUGUCAUUUAUACCUCACCAUUUCAGCGUUGCAUUGAAACCUCGAUUGGAAUUAUUAAGGGUAUGAGGCUAAAAAAAGCACCAAUUCUGCGCUUAGAUGUCGGCUUGGGUGAAUGGAUGUGCGAACGGUUCUUUGAUUCGGUUGGCUGUCAGGCCACUGAGUUCGUGUCACGGCAGUACCAAUUUCUCGCUCGUCAACAGGCCAACGCCUACGCCAAACGAAACGACAUACCUGUUAUGAAUGUUGAUUAUGGCUACAUAGGGUCUCGUAGUGAAUUUGAAUUUCCAGAACAUUAUACAGAUAUGGUACAGCGUUUUGAGGAAGCAAGGCGGUACUGUCUUGAAAAGGCAAAUCAUGCGACCGUCGUCUUGUUCGUCACACAUGCCGUGGGUGUAAAUGCAUUGUUGGAUGGCUUUCGAAAUCAUCUGACGAGACCACAGGAGUCAAAUUACUGCAGCAUCUCCUUUGUCUGCAAGAAGGAUGACGAACAUUCGGAAAGUAGUGAUCAAAGUGACGAAGACUCUAGUGAAUAUUUAGAUACAAGCACUCCUUGGUCUAUUAAACUCACCAUGUCUGACACUCAUUUAAUUGCAUAACAUACCCCUCUUUUAUUUUUAUCUAUUUCCCCGCUUUAUUACCCCCCUUCUUUUUUUAUGUAUUUUCUCACACACCUCCCUGUUCCCUUUUUUUUUCAUUAAAAAUGAUUGCAUUCUAAAUAAAAUCAUACUCAUCAUUAUGACGCUUUUUGUUUUCAGCCAUAGUCAUUAGCCCCUGACAAUCAAGUUCAAAG